AUGUGGGGAGCACAUGGAAAGGACCAGAAACUAAAUGCAGAUGUCCUUCAGAAAAGCUAUGCAAAAGAGAAAGCCUACGAAUGUCAGGAAUGUGGAAAGGUCUUCAGUCACAGCUCAGCACUCGUUGAACACCACCGGACACACACAGGAGAGCGGCCUUAUGAAUGUCAGGAAUGUGGCAAAGGUUUCCGAAACAGCUCAGCACUCACCAAACACCACAGAAUCCACACUGGGGAGAAGCCCUACAAAUGCAACCAAUGUGGAAGGACCUUCAACCAAAUUGCCCCACUGAUCCAGCACCAGAGAACCCACACGGGUGAGAAACCCUACGAGUGCGGUGAAUGUGGGAAAUCUUUCAGUUUCAGGUCUUCCUUCAGCCAACACGAGCGAACUCACACAGGUGAGAAACCCUACGAGUGCGGCGAGUGCGGGAAGGCCUUCCGCCAGAGCAUCCACCUCACCCAGCACCUGCGAAUCCACACCGGGGAAAAGCCCUAUGAAUGUGGGGAGUGUGGCAAGGCCUUUAGCCACAGUUCAUCCUUAACCAAACACCAGCGAAUCCACACCGGGGAGAAACCCUAUGAGUGCCAGGAGUGCGGCAAAGCCUUCACCCAAAUCACGCCGUUGAUCCAGCACCAGAGAACCCACACGGGAGAGAAACCCUACGAGUGCAGUGAGUGCGGGAAAGCCUUCAGCCAGAGCACGCUCCUGACUGAGCACCGGAGGAUCCACACGGGAGAGAAACCCUACGGCUGUAACGAGUGUGGGAAAACCUUCAGUCACAGCUCCUCGCUCAGCCAGCACGAGAGGACCCACACGGGAGAGAAACCGUACGAGUGCAGCGAGUGUGGGAAGGCCUUCAGGCAGAGCACGCACCUCACUCAGCACCAGAGGAUCCACACCGGGGAGAAACCCUACGAGUGUGGAGACUGUGGCAAGGCCUUUAGCCACAGUUCAUCCUUAUCGAAACAUCAGCGAAUCCACACCGGGGAGAAACCCUACGAGUGUGGAGACUGUGGCAAGGCCUUUAGCCACAGUUCAUCCUUAUCGAAACAUCAGCGAAUCCACACCGGGGAGAAACCCUACGAAUGUCAUGAGUGUGGCCGGGCCUUCAGUCAGCUUGCCCCGCUCAUCCAGCAUCAGAGAAUCCACACAGGAGAGAAGCCCUAUGAAUGUGGGGAAUGUGGCCGAGCCUUCAGCCAGAGCUCCCUUCUCAUAGAACACCAGAGGAUUCACACUAAGGAAAGGCCCUAUGGGUGCAACGAGUGUGGGAAAUCCUUCAGUCACAGUUCAUCACUCAACCAGCACGAGAGGACACACACUGGGGAAAAGCCCUACGAAUGUCAGGAGUGUGGGAAGUUCUUCAGGCAAAGCACCCACCUCACUCAGCACCGGAGGAUUCACACGGGAGAGAAGCCGUAUGAGUGUAGGGACUGUGGGAAAGCCUUUACACACAGCUCCUCCCUCACCAAGCACCAGAGAACUCAUACUGGGUAG